AUGGUGAUCCCAAUCUGCCGGGCCGUGGUCACUUAUUUGCCCCUUCUGUGGAUUGUGAGGGUGACCGAUGGGAUGCCCGAUCCUGCCCAGAGGGACCUGCUGAUGCGCGAGGAGGCGUCCAGACAGACCGGCGGCCGGGUGACGCUGACGGCAGCCGAGCAGAAGCUGGGCGCCUACCUCCAUCACUUAAAGGAGCAGGAGAUGUCCGCUGCCCUGUUCCCACCCGCCAUCCACUUCUUCAAAGCAAAGCCUCUCAUUCAGAGGAGUUCCAUCUUCAAACUGCUGCAGAAGAUGCCUAAAGGUGCGGCCCUGCACGUCCACAGCUCGUCGCUGGUCAGCGUCGAGUGGCUGGUGAAAAACGUCACCUACAGGCCUCACUGCUACAUCUGUUUCACAUGGGACAACUCGGUCCGCUUCUUGUUCUCCGACCGGCAGCCUUUCCCGCGAUGGGACUGCUUCUACUGGCAGCUGCUUGAGACUUUGAGAGCCAAGAUCGGAGACCCUACGGGCUUCGAUAGCAGUUUAAUGCAGCACCUCACUCUUUUCACCGAGGAUCCAGACAGGGAGUACCCAAACCAGGAUGUUGUGUGGGAAAAGUUUGAGAAAGCCUUCAUUGCAGCUGCAGGGCUAAUUACCCAUGCUCCUGUGCUGAGGGACUACUUCUACAAGGGCCUGGAGGAGCUUCACCAAGACAACGUCAUGUAUCUGGAACUUAGGAGUGGUCUCUCAAGGACGUAUGAGCUGGACGGAACCAUUCAUGAUAAGGUCUGGACUCUGAAAACGUUUAAAGAAGUGACAGAGAAAUUUACAGCAGCUCAUCCAGACUUUCUUGGGGCUCGCAUCAUCAUUUCUGUCCACAGGGCUCUGAGUGUAUCUGAGGUCAAAGCAGCCGUAAAAGAGGCCAUUCAGCUGCAGAAGGACUUCCCAGACGUUGUUGCAGGAUUCGACAUGGUUGGAAGGGAGGACAGCGGGAGGACUCUUUGGUACUUCAGGGAGGCACUCUCUCUGCCAGCCGAACAGGGUGUCACGCUACCGUACUUCUUCCAUGCAGGAGAGACAGAUGAUGAAGGCACCGAUGUAGAUCAAAAUAUUCUUGAUGCCCUUUUGUUCAACACCGUGCGCAUUGGGCACGGCUAUGCUUUGGCACACCAUCCACUUGCCAAAGAGUUUUCUAGGAAGAGGAACGUGGCUGUGGAGCUGUGCCCGAUCUCAAACCAGGUGCUGAAGCUGGUAGCAGACCUCAGGAACCACCCUGCCACUGUGCUGAUGUCUGAGGGCCACCCGAUGGUGAUCAGCUCGGAUGACCCGUCUCUGUUCGGUACCACAGGCCUCUCCUACGACUUCUAUCAAGCCUUCGUGGGCAUCGGGGGAUUGAAAGCGAACCUGGGUACUCUGAAAGAACUGGCUGUCAACUCUAUCAGGUACAGCUCGCUACCCGCUCACCUGAAGGACACUGGGCACGUCAUGUGGGAGAACAAAUGGGAUGCUUUCAUAGCUGAUCAUUCCUGAGAGCCAAAUCACGAUGGAUCCUGUUUUACUUGAAUGUUUGCUUUAGUUUAGCAGUAACCCGAAAUAUUAACGGAUCAUUAACAAACAAUUCAAAGUCAUCGCAAAUCUGUUGGAACUAAUCAUAAGGCCGAUGAGAGGUGUCACAUACCCUGGGGUCUUUUGGGAGGAUGUUCUGGUGUGACAUAGGAAGGCAGGUACUGUAGAUUACGUCAAACUCUCAAUUUCAGAGAAAAUCAUUCACUGUCCUCAACAUAGUUUAGUGCAACAGUAUACAGAAUAGUCUAUAGCUUUUUU